CCCCGGUACAAGAUCGCAGACCCUGUCAGCACCUUCCUCUUCUCCGUCUUUGUGCUGGGCUCCACCGUCACCAUCCUCAGGGACGUCUUCCGGGUCCUCAUGGAAGGGGCACCGCGGGGUGUCGAGUUCAGCGCGGUGAAGGACGUACUGCUGGCCGUGAAGGACGUGAAGGACGCCCACAACCUGCACCUCUGGGCCCUGACCCUCAGCCACCACGUGGUGUCUGUGCACGUGGCAGUCGGUGCCGGCGCGGACAUGGAGGAUGUGCUGCGGGAAGCCACCGCCCAGCUGCAGAGCACCUUUGGCUUCGUCUCGUGCACGGUGCAGGUGGAGCGGCACCUGGAGGACAUGGCCGCCUGCCGCCAGUGCCAGGACCCCCGGGACUGAGCGCCGGGCCCGCAGCCGCGCCGCAGCGCCUGGCCCCAGAGAUGGAGACGCCCCAGCCCCCGGCCCCUGCUCUGCCCGGCAGGCCCCCACGUGCAGCCAGCUGGCUGUGGGGCUGCCCCACCAGGCCCCAGCCUUGGCUCUCUUUCUACUGCCAAUGGAGCGCAAAAGCCCCACCUAUACUGACCCAGGGCUGCCCCCCACGGGACAGCUGGAGCUGGGGCAGAGGGGCCCUGCUGGGACUGUUCUCCCCAUUGGCCUCUGCUGAGCUCUUGGGAAAUGGGGGAGCCAGCGCCCCGGGGCCCAUUCGGGCAGCCUGCCCCUGUGCAGUGGGGUGCACUGCAGAGCGCCCCCUGCAGGGUGAGAGUCCCACACUCCCUGCACCCCAGGUCCGGGACGGCUCUGCCCUGGUGCUGCUCCCGCAGCUGCUGUGCUGUGGCCCUGCGCCUGCCCACGGUCACUGCCACAUGCCCCUUGUUCUCCGUCCUGCUCCUUACAUGACAACGGCCCCACUGGGUCAGACCAAGGGUCCCACUAGCCAGGUCUCCUGCCAGAGCCAGGUGCCCCAGAGGGACUCAUCAAACCCAGGUGCCGACUUUCCCUCUUUCCUGUGGGUGCUCAACCCCUUGGCCCUGGCCCCACCCCUUCCAUGAGGCCCUUCCCCAAAGCCCCACC